CCGCCCCCCCCAUCGCCUGAGCCAUGGAAAGGGGGGCAGCAGGAGACCCUCACGGGGCCCGGGGGGACCCCCCAGCAGGGACCUACUUCAUCCCACACAGCCUCCGAUCCCUGCGAUGUCCCCAGGGAGCCGUGCCGGUGUCCCAGCAGCCCGUGAUGAUCCUCCAGCAGCUUCCAGGGCCCGGGGCUGUCCUGGCCCCCCCCGCGGGACCCCCGCCCGUCCGGGGAGAUUUAAUCGAGUUGAUGAUGAUUCAAAGCUCCCAAAUGCACCAGGUGCUGAUGAACAGCCUGGCUGUGUCGGCACUGACGUCCUUCGGCUUUGGCCCAGCCACUGCCCAGGCGCUGGCGAUGCCUUUGCAGACUGAGGAGGAGGAGGAGGAGGAGGAGGCAGUGGUUUUCCACCAUCACUACAUCCCCUACCCGGGUCCUGUUCCCGUCCCGCCGUGGCUGGACCCGGGGCGGGAUCGGGGUCCGGGGGCCGUGCGGUUCCUGGGCUCGUUGGCUGAGGAUGAGGGCAGUGCAGUGCCCCCUCCUCCACCCCCCAGUGCCACGGGGACAGUGGGACCCAACGUCCCGCCAGCAGCAGAGUACUACAGCGUGCUGGAGGAGAGGCUGUGAGCUCCAGGAGAGGCUGUGAGCUCCGUGCUUCCCAACGUGGUUCCUCUGGCACAUCCCAGCCUGUGAUCCCAGAAGAUCCUGGAUGGGUGCUUCAGGAUACCCAUCAGUUUGGGGUGGUUUCCUCCCCCUGAGCCACCUCGAGGCAGGGGUGUCACAAAGCCUGUCACCCAACCCCAGGUGACAUCCUGAUCCCAAUCUCUGCAUCCAUGAGGACUGCACGGGCUGUGCUGUGUCCUGGUGGGUGGGGAGAGGGGAGAUGUUCCCAGCCCAGAUGGUCCCAGUCUUCAUUGGUCCCUUCAGAUCUCAAUGCAGCACAUUGCCUGUAAUUAAUUUGCUUUGUUAAGAAAGCCCCUGCUGUCACUAAUUAAGCAUCUGUAAUUACAUGGGCUGAUGGCUUUGUGCCUGAA